AUGGCUGAAACUUUCAGUUUUUCCCACUUGGCUUAUUUGGUUUUUGAGUCUGUUCUACAGGUCGUCAUCAUUGCUAUUGCUGGGUUUUGGAGUGCUCAUUCUGGUCUGCUACCCAAACAAAGUCAAAAAAUCAUCUCAUUACUGAACGUGGAUCUUUUUACACCAUGUCUUAUUUUCAGUAAACUGGCCAAGUCGCUAUCCAUGGCCAAAAUCUUUGAAAUAGCCAUUAUACCUAUAUUUUUUGGUUUGACCACUGGUAUUUCAUUUAUGUCUGGUAAGUUGAUGGGCCGUGUCCUGAAACUGGAUAAAGACGAAACAAACUUUGUGGUUGCAAACUCCGUUUUCGGGAACAGUAACUCACUGCCGGUGUCCUUGACAUUAUCUUUGGCUUAUACUCUGCCCAACUUGACUUGGGAUCAAAUUCCCAACGAUAACCGAGACAACGUCGCAUCGAGAGGUAUUUUAUACUUGCUUAUCUUCCAACAGAUCGGGCAAAUGCUAAGAUGGAGUUGGGGCUACAAUAAGCUGAUGAAAUGGUCUGGAGAGAACACUCAGCACAUGCCUCCAUCCCAGGUGCAAUCCCUAUUGGAGAGAACCCCCAAUAUUGAUAAUGAAGAACUGGUCAGUGAAGAACAGGAAGAACAAGAACUAGUUGACCAAGAGCAUUCUCGCUUGAAUUCAUCCUUCUUGAGUUCUAGUUCCAUUAGUGAUAAGAUCUGGCAAAAAUCGUGUACCUUAUUGCAAAAGAUCAGGGCAAACUUGAACCCCCCAUUAUAUUCUAUGAUUUUCGCUAUCGUUGUGGCCUCUAUAAGUCCAUUACAAAGAGAAUUAUUCACGGAAGACAGUUUUAUCAAUAACACAUUUUCUGAAGCUGUCACGCAGCUGGGUUCUGUAUCCAUCCCAUUGAUCCUAGUGGUCCUUGGUUCUAAUUUGCAUCCAUCGGAUGAAGUUUUCCCCAAGACAGUUAACCACAAUAAAUUGCUGUUUGGAUCCAUAGUGGGGAGAAUGAUCUUACCUUCAUGCUUUCUUUUGCCCAUCAUUGCCAUCGCCGUUAAAUACGUCAAUGUGAGUAUAUUGGAUGACCCAAUUUUCCUUGUUGUAGGUUUCCUAUUAACGGUUUCCCCUCCUGCCAUUCAGUUAACUCAAAUUACUCAGUUAAACGAAUUUUUCGAAGCAGAAAUGGCUGAUAUCCUAUUUUGGGGGUAUGCUGUGUUGAGUUUGCCCGUAAGUAUUUUUGUUGUUUCGGGCGCAAUCUAUGUUUUGCAAUGGGCUAAUCCAUCUUAA